AUGAUUUUGGAGGAUUUUGGUAUGGAAGAAGAAAUCAUAGCCGAUUUGGAGUUAAGUUAUCUACCUGCUGAGUUGAUCAAUACUUCAGGAUGUCCACCUGUGAUCAUUGCAAACGAUCCUGAUCCAUGUACUCAUGAAGAGAAAGGAAACUCGUUUGACAAUGGGGACGAAUCAGCUCCUGUGUAUGCUGAGAGGCAGGGGAAUAAGAAGAAUGAAAAGCGGAAAGGAGUCGCAGUUGAUGAGGAUGGGGACUAUGAUGCUGAUACCAUGAUCUCUGAAAAAGAGAACAUACAUAAAAUGUCAAAGUUUUCUCUGCUCCAUGUUGUUAAGGUCGGACAAUUUUUUGAGAACAAAACUUUGUUGAAGGCGACUUUCGAGAUGUGUGCAAUGAAGCAUAACUUUGACUACCAGGUUAUCAAAACGGAUAGACAACUUUGGUAUGUUAGAUGUGCAGAUAAUGCAUGCAAUUGGGGUGUUCGAGCAGAGUGUCUGAAGGAUUCAUCAUAUUUCAUGAUCAAGAAGUAUGUCGGUAAACAUACAUGCGCACCUUCAAGCAAAACCAAAGCGGGUAAGACUGCUUCAGCAAAAACAAUAGGCAGUCUGAUUAUGCAUAAGUAUGUAGGCGUCAAGGAAGGGCCGAAAUGUAAUGAUAUCAUACAGAUUAUGCGUAGUGAUCAUGGAUGCGAGAUAUCAAAAUCUUUAGCAUGGGAUGCGCGUGAAUAUGCGAUCAGUGCAGUUAGAGGUAUUCCAGAGAGAAGUUAUGGGAAAAUACCAAAAUACUUGCACAUGCUGAGAGAGGCUAAUCCAGGUACACACACAUCCUAUGAGAUUGACGGAAAUGAGAACUUUCGUUACCUAUUUAUUGCAUUUGGGCAAUCGAUAAGAGGAUUUAACAGAGUCAUGAGGCGGGUUAUUGUGAUCGAUGGGACCUUUUUGAAGAAUAAAUACAAAGGAGUUUUACUGGUUGCUACGGCUUUAGACGGAAAUUCAAAUUUGUAUCCUAUUGCGUUUGGAAUAGUCGACUCAGAGAAUGAGCGUUCUUGGGAAUGGUUUAUGAGACAACUUAAGGUUGUCAUUGCAGAUGAUCAUGAUUUGGCUUUUAUUUCAGACAGACAUGGGUCUAUCGCUAAGGCAAUUGAAAACGUGUAUCCAUCAGCCAGACACGGGAUUUGUAUUCAUCAUUUGUUGAAUAAUGUGGUCACAUAUUUCCAUGGGAAAGGACUUGCUGGGUUGGUUUCAAAGGCGUCCAAGGCUUAUCGAGUUUCUGAGUUUGAGAAGACAUUUGCUACUGUGUGUAAUAUCAGUCCGGCAAUUGGAGAUUAUCUUAGGGAAGCUGAUGUGCAAAAAUGGGCUAGAUGUCAAUUCCCUGGAUACAGAUACGACAUAAGGACAACCAAUCCUGCUGAAUCUAUCAACUCUGCUUUGCGUUCACCGAGAGAGUAUCCAGUCAUCCCUUUGUUAGACAGUAUCAGGGAAAUGUUAACACAAUGGUUUUAUGAGCGUAAGAAACUGAUUUCAAAGCAUAAACAUCCUCUGACUAAAGAUGUAGAGAAAAAAAUAGAGAGGAGAAUCGGGAAAGGCGCCACAUUUGUAGUUUACCCUGUCAGUGCUGGUCGAUUGCUUGUUAGAGGUGAUAAAUUCGACUGCUUAGUUGAUUUGGAUAGAAGGACUUGUUCAUGUGGAAAGUACACCCUUAUGAAGAUCCCUUGUAGGCACGCAAUUAAAGCUGGUUUUCAUGUUGGAAGAGAGCCACACACAUUGACUGAUUUGAUGUAUACUACAGGAGCUUGGAGAGAAGCUUAUGAAGAAAGCAUAAAUCCUAUUGAUGUUCCUGAGGAUGCUUGGUCUAUACCAGAAGAUGUUAAGAAAGUCAUUGUUUUACCACCACAGACAAGAAGAUCAGUUGGAAGAAAAAGAAAACGCAGAUAUGAAACUGCGGAAGACAAAAUUCGGUCAUCGCAAAUAUCACGAAGAAAGCAGCCUCGGAAGUGUAGUAGAUGUGGUAUUAGUGGGCACAACAGAGCAACUUGUCAAGUUGCUCUGUUCAAGUUUGCAAGUGGCGGUAGAUGGCGAGCUAGGCGAGCUUAUUUCAAAGUGCAUUCUCAUCAUUUGGAUAAAGCAUUGGCAUCAUUCUUCUAA